CUUCCAACCACCCAUCCUUGGUUUUUAUACCACUCAGAGGGUAAGAAAAUUCUAGGAACCCUAAGACUAACCCUCUCCACCUCCACUCACUGCCUGGGGCCCAGCUCUACAGUGACUGACACCAGCAGUGAGCACCAAGCCUCCUUACUCACCGCCAGGCCGGAAGUCGUGAGCCCGCUGGGCCCUGCAGCUGAGCAACUUCCCAUUUAUGGAGUACUCGCAGAGCACUAAUCACAGAAGCAGACUGUCCCUGGUGAAACACUCCUGCCCUCCAUCCUCCACCCUACCAGGCAUUUUCCGUCUGUCCUAGGCAAGACAGAUGAACUCUCAGCCAGGAUGCCUCAAAGCGGGCAAAGAUGCGUCCACAGAAAAAUCAUCAUCAUUCAGGGUGUGAAGAUGCUAGCAUCACCUUGGCCAGAUCCAAGAGGUCUUCCUGGAAGAGGGCCCAAACUAGAUCCUAAAGAAUGCUGUCAGUAGUUGGUAUAGAAUUGUGAAUUUUAGGCGGGGUGAGAGUCCAUACGAUAAGCAAGCUAAGGAGACAGGGCUAGGGCUGUAAGAGGGACCCUGGACUUCCUGAGAAAGGGGCCCAGGAGCACAAGCAAUAGCCUGAGCCAAAGAGCUGGAGAGGGUGAUGGAGGAGGAGGGGAUGAUCUGUGAGAAAUGUUGGGGCCCAGCCUGUGGUAAGUGAGCUGACAGCUGUCCCAGAGUCUAAAAGGAAAAUCAGCCGGGACAAAGGAUUUAGAAAGAGCCUAUGGGAGUGGGUGUGAUGCCCACAGGAGCAGAGCUGAGGCAUUCCCUAACAGAAUCAGUCCCCGGAGAAAGGGCUCCCCCUUAGGCUCCCUUACCCUUCCUGCCUGGCCCGGCCUAUCCCCAGCUCCCUGGUGGAGGGGCCCUGUUGAUUACACCCUGCCAGCAUCCUCACACCCAGCAUUCAUUGCACACCAUUCCCUCUCCCAGCGAGCAGGAGCCUAGGGAAGUGGCCGAGGGGAUAUGGUACAGUCCUGGGACACUGGCAUCUUGGCUUGGGGAAGACUCGAGCACCUUUCACUCCUCGCCCUCUCCAGAGAUUCUCAUCCUUGCUUGCUGUUCUCCCUCCGGGCCUGCCUUCCCCAGUGUAAACAAUCACUGGGUCCCACCAGCGUCAGGCCCAGUGAAAACAGUGAGGCAGGGAAUGUUGAUUUCCCCUCCUAUGCCUCUCCAUCACCUGGCUUCUGCCUCUCCCUGCUCCUCUCUUUCUCCAUAGCCACCUCGAAACCUUCGGCCUGAUAGCCUCAUCGUUGUCCUGCUCCAGACCUUUUACCUCCUAGGGGUAUUUGAAACUUGAAAGUGGACAAAGAUUUAAGGUAGAAGAACGUUCCUCGUGGUGGAAUGCUUCAGAAUGCUGGAGGGAGGACGUGAAGGUAGAGUUCACUAGGAAGCCCUGUGCGUGUAGAUUUAUGGGCCUGAGAGAAGAUUCCUCUAGGUGCUGGGUGUGUGAUCUAGGAGGUGCAAGCAGUAACACCAUUUUUGUCAGCCACAGUGAAGCCCCAGGCGGCGGGGAGAGGGGACUGACCUUGUACAGGCAGAAUGGGGAAACUAACAUAGAGGGUCUUACCCAGGCAAGGGUGGGGCACUAGGGGGCUGUCAUCCAAGUUAUUUUCACCACGGCCCAAGGAAAAAGAAAUGAGGCGACUUCAGAUACUAUCAGGAUAGACACCACUGUCCAAGGUGCCCAGUAUCGGGGGUGUGGGACUCAUGCAAAGGCCCUUGGUGGGGAGGAGGGAGGAGAUCUCAGUUAUGAGAUGGGGAUCGGGCUGAAAAUCUGAGAGAAAUCUGAGCAGAUACCAGAAUUCCAUCCUUAAGGAGCAGAAUCGGGGCCUGAACCAAGCUCCAGGCCACGCUGGGAGGGGAAAGGGACCCCCAGCCACACAGCCUGAGACUGUGGGAGCACCAAAUGGUUGGGCAACCUGCUGAGUGCCAAACCCUUUAUCACACGUAGCUAACCCUCACAACAAGGCUGUGCCGUGGGCAUCACAGCCCCAAUUCACAGGCUCAUGAGCAGCUUCAGAGGAAUUAAGACCGCUCCAGUCUCUACUGAGAGGCAGACUUAAAUCUGGAUCAGCUCGGUUCCAAAUCUCAGUCUGUCCCACUAUUACACAGGACCUCCAAUUCCAGAGGGAGCCUUGACCUGGGCAAGUGCACAGCCUCUUACCAGUGGGACAAGAGAGAUGGUGGUUCAAGAUGAAACCCAGCAUGCGUCUGUGGCCUAAGGCUGGAUUGAGGGCAGGCAGAAGUCAUGGUCAAGAAUCCUCGCUAGGGUCUCCAGCCCCUGACACUCUUAUCUAGUAUCACAGAAGUGAAUUCUACCACCUAAAUGAGUUUUCCAGAAACAUAAAGCUCACCUCUUUACAAUUUAAAACUUUUAAAAAACUCAUUUUGGAAGGAAAUCACUCUAAAACAUUACACUCGUCUGCAGCCCAUCUGCACUGUAAUAUAAAUCCUUCUGGAUAGCUGAGGAUCAUUCAUAGACACCCAAAACCUCUGCAGCAAUGUUUUCAGAAGCUGUAACAGCGUCAGAAAAGCUAUUUGCCUUAAUGCCAGAUGACCUUGGACCACUUUUUAAAUGCUUAUGACUGCUUUAAAAGUUUUCUGUGAUAUUGCUUCCCUUGCUACCAAGCUAUCAGGGGUCACUAGCUACUAUAAAUGUGCUUCUAAUCUUUGAGCACAGGAACACACAUGGACACCUUAAAAUUGUGAAUAAAGUAAGAACAAGUAGGCUGUGACUGAGGACUGUAGAGUCUGUCCAGUGAGUGAAGCACAUGAAGACUGUAGCUGCUUAAGAGUUAUUUCUGCUCCUUCUAGACCCCACAAUGUUACCCUGUAGUUGACCUCCACAUAAGUGAAGCGUCACUGCACUAGUAAUCCCAAGAUCACUAUUUGCUUCUUCAAUUGUAAAAGUCCACUGAAGAUCACAAUAUAGAUUGUCUCCAAUCAUAGGAGACAGUUGGAAUAUUUAAGACAAGGAAGGCAGCAUAGCAUAGAGACGAAAAACAGUCUUUGGCAUUGGAAAGAUCUGGGUGGGAAUCCUGGUGUCCCCAUUUUCCAGCUGCAUGAUUGAUUUGGGGCACAGGCCACUCACCCACCACUCUGAGCCUCAGGGUCAUGAGGAUGAAAGGAGAGAAUGCAGAAAGGUGCUUAGCACAGCAUCUGGCAAAAAUGGGGUGAGAAGGGGCCAGGAAAUCGGAAUGUGUUUGGGUCCUUGGGGGCAUCAGGAAGACAAGAGUGGGAGCCUGAAGGGACAGGGACGGGGCAGAAAAGGAGCAGUAAAGGAGCCCCGCUAUCCUGGCUUCCCCUCCCCCGCAAGAGGUAGGUGUCAUUGUGUGACUGCCCUGUGUAGCCCAGAAGGCCUGGGGCUGCCCCAGAGAGCACUGAGAGGGGGGCUGGCACCUGCACUGGGGAUUGGGAACUUCUUCUCGAGGGCUAGCUGUCUCUUCCCCUUUUCCUGCUCUGAUUAACACGAGGUUGGUGGGCCGGGCAGGGAGGGAGAGAUGGGGAAGAAGUCCCCACAAUGGUUUGCACCCACCUGAACCUAGUGAAAAAAUGAAGCUGCCAAACAACGCAGCCAUGUCUCCUUCCUCAAAGCCCCCAUCUGCCUAGGGGCCAAGCUGGGAAAUGGGUACUGCUGUGGGCCUUAGCCCAGAAGGGUAAUAUGGGGAAGAGGGGGUGGCAGAGAAGCUUGGUGGUGGGGUGGCUGUCCUCCUGUCCCUGCGACUUUUUUGGUUUCUUCCUUUAGCCCCUCCAUUUAGCUACUGAGCACCCACUCUGGGCUGAACACUGGGCUAAGGGGCUGGGAUACGGAGACACAUGACACAUAGUCCUGGCUCCUGGAGAAAGACCACCCAGGCCCUGGGUCCUUGCCUCCUCCCAUCCUCAGCUCCCUUGCCCACUGACCCCUCACCCCACUUCUCUGAACCCGUCUCUUCUGCCCCUCUGACUUUGUUCUGUUCAUGUCUUAACCAGACUCCGCAGUGUGUGUGCUCCCAGAGGGAAGCAACGCAAAGGAGGCAGAAAGGAGGGAAUCCCGCUGACAUCAUGGCUCAUUAGCAUAUGUGACCUCAUCAGGGGGGUGGGACUGUUUCCCCAGGUGUCUAGGGGGAGGGCAUGGAGGGUGGUAUUUAAAGGGAAAAGCUGACAGUGCUGCUGAGUGAGGGAGCGGGUGCUGCGAGCCACCAGGCUGCACACGCACACCGAUGCACACAGACCUCGACACCGACAUGGACACGGACACAGAAACCACAGCACUCUGUCCCGCCGGCAGCCACCGGGCCUCCCCGCCAGGGACGCCCACACCAGAAGGAGAUGCUACACGGCUGAAGAAGCCAGAGAAACUGUUGGCAGGGUUGGACUGGGGCGGGCCACCCCCCGCCCCGGGGGCCCCCAGACGAAGAGGCAGUAUGCCUGUCCCCUACAAGCACCAGCUGCGGCGGGCCCAGGCUGUAGAUGAACUUGACUGGCCACCUCAAGCCUCAUCCUCUGGCUCCUCUGACUCCCUGGGCUCAGGGGAGGCAGCCCCCACCCAAAAGGAUGGCAUCUUCAAGGUCAUGCUGGUGGGGGAGAGCGGUGUGGGCAAGAGCACCCUAGCAGGCACUUUCGGUGGUCUCCAGGGAGACAGUGCUCACGAGCCGGAGAACCCAGAGGACACCUAUGAGAGACGCAUCAUGGUGGAUAAGGAGGAAGUGACUCUAGUUGUUUAUGACAUCUGGGAACAGGGGGAUGCAGGGGGGUGGCUGCAGGACCACUGCCUUCAGACGGGGGAUGCCUUUCUCAUCGUCUUCUCAGUCACCGACCGACAAAGCUUCUCCAAAGUUCCAGAGACCCUACUACGGCUCAGGGCUGGGAGGCCCCACCAUGACCUGCCUGUCAUCCUCGUUGGAAACAAGAGUGACCUGGCCCGCUCCCGGGAGGUCUCACUGGAGGAGGGCCGCCAUCUGGCAGGGACACUGAGCUGCAAGCACAUCGAGACGUCGGCCGCGCUGCACCACAACACGCGGGAGCUCUUCGAGGGAGCGGUGCGCCAGAUCCGGCUGCGGCGGGGCCCGAACCGCGCUGGGGGCCCGCAGCCCGAGUGGGGCAGGCCCGAGGGCCCCGCGCCGCCUACGCGCCGCGAGAGCCUCACCAAGAAGGCCAAGCGCUUCCUUGCCAACCUGGUGCCGCGCAACACCAAGUUCUUCAAGCAGCGCUCCAGGUCGUGUCACGACCUCUCCGUACUCUGAGCCGCGGUCGCUAUGGUCACCGCGGUCGCUAUGGUCACCGCGGUCGCCAUGGUCACCGCGCCCUCCUCUCGCCCCCUCGCCCCGCCCCGCCCCCGUCCGGCUUCCUCUGUGAAGACAGUCUAGAAACCAGAAACUCCCAGGACGCCCCGGUGUGACUAUGGGAGCCGGGCCCCCCGCCCCCAGACCCCGGCGGGCGUCGCCCCACCCGCUCCGCGCGCUCUCCGGUUACCUCCCGGCCUCGGGGCUCCUGGAAGGCGAGGACGCUGACCCGCGGGAGUCGCGCAGCGGCUGUUGGGCGGGGCGGCUUCCGGCGGGCGGGGAGGAAAGUAGUUCUGCGAGGUAUUUUAUUAAUUCACGCUUGACCACCUCUCCCGUAAAGAGAUGCUAAAAGCAAGAACUGGAAAAGUGCUUUGUAAACUCCUUUACACUUUUCCACCUUUGUACUCAGCGGGAAUAUGCCUCAACUUUAAGAGAUUCUUAAAGGUAAAGACACGGAGCCGCUUCUUUGAGACUUUCCUAAAGCGUCCUGGCUCUGAUCUGCUGCACUUGUCCACUUUGCCUUUAAGAAGUUCUUAAAGGCAAGGGCCUGGAAGCGUUGUUCUUCUGAAUUGAUUGUGAUUUACCGUUACACCACGGCACUUCCCCUUUAAGGUUAUUAAGGGGAAGGUGUGCAGAGACUUUUGCCUGAAGAGCUGAGGGGUGGCAACCCGCCUUUAGCCAGGUCCCAGGAGGCACCAGCAAGGGGGCCACCCUUCCCUUUUCAAUAAAGAAUUUUUCU